AUGGAACUUUUGUGGGAUGGCCAUGGCUUCUGCGAUCAUGGGGUUCCAUCAGAUGAUAUUCGCAAAACAGAGGAGGUUGUUCUGAUCGCUAGAAACUACGAAGAAUUUAAAGGUGAAUCAAUUGUCGGCAAGCUGUUGGAGGCGAAUUGCGGAUCCCCCAAAAUACAUGAUGCCAAGAAGAUUGAUGAGAACGGAGUUUUCAGUGGAAUUGAAGCUGUGGAAUCAACAGAGAAUCAUGUUGAUGAAAGCAGCCAGAGGAGUCAGGCAAGCGAAGUGGAUGAAGAGAUUGAGAUCUCGAACCCGGAUUACGAUGGGAAUUGCAAUGAGAUUGAUGAGUCUAGUAAGAAGGGAACGGAUGACGAAGAAAGGGAAGAAUGGUUGGAAGAGGAUGAUUGGGAGGGAAUAGAGAGUACUGAAUUGGAGAGGCUUUUUGGUGCUGCAGUUUCGUUUGUUGAAUCCAAGAGCAAUGCUAACCGAAUAGCGAAUCUUGGCAACGAUGUAAAGAUGCAGCUAUAUGGAUUUCACAAGAUCGCCACUCACGGGCCUUGCCAGAAACCUCAGCCAAUGGCACUGAAUUUUUCCGCCCGAGCUAAAUGGAAUGCUUGGCAGCAACUUGGGGUUAUGAGUCAAGAGCAAGCAAUGGAGCAAUAUGUCACUGUUCUUUCAAAUAAGAUUCCUGAUUGGAUGCCAGAAAAUUCCAUUGCAAAAGAUAAAUCGACUGAUGCAGAGAUCCAAGCAUUUGAAUAGCCAUAUUUUAAAGACAGAAGCUGCCAAACUAGACAAAAAUGUGUAACAAGAACAGCAUAUCAUGGCAAUGGAAUCACGUUUUCCGUUAUCUCCUGCCUGCUUUUCAGUGUCACCUUCAACGUAGUAUUUCUGAGAUUGCUACAGAUAUGGCCAACGACUCUAUGAGGAAGGAUGUAGAUUUCAGUUGUAGUUGUAGGGUUGUGACCUGUGGAUAAUGCAUUGUAUUAUUGGAUCAUUUUUCUUUCCCACGCCCUUGUCUAGUGCCAAUCAGGCCAUGUGCACGCCCUUUAUUCAGUUUGGGAAUGAUUUAAUAAAAUGAUGAUAUUCUUUUCGUAACCA